AGGCGUUCAUUGGUUGAACAUUGGUUUGCCGGCCAGAAAGACUAUCCACGAAUCGGGUCUUGGGUGCAUUUGAACAUGGCGAACAUCAGGAGUGUCAAGGGCAUGGUCGGCCUGGUGACCGGAGGAGCCUCUGGUUUGGGUCGGGCAACCGUGGAACGACUGGUGAGCCAAGGUGCCUGCGCCGUGAUCUUGGACCUGCCUAGUUCAGACGGCCACAACCUUGCAGCCACCCUUGGUGACCGCUGUGCCUUUGCCCCAGCUGAUGUUACCUCAGAGGCAGACGUGCGGUCAGCUGUGUCUCUGGCACGGGAGAAGUUUGGUCGUCUGGACUUGGCCGUGAACUGUGCUGGUAUUGCGGUUGCUGUGAAGACCUACAAUUUCAAAAAGGACCUUCCUCAUAGCCUGGAGGACUUCCAGCGCGUCAUCACUGUGAACAUCGCUGGCACUUUCAAUGUUAUCCGUCUGGCUGCCGGUGAAAUGGGCAAAAAUGAACCAAGCGCAGAUGGACACAGGGGCUGCGUAAUCAACACUGCCAGUGUUGCUGCUUUUGAUGGACAGGUGGGCCAGGCAGCCUAUUCUGCAUCUAAAGGUGGCAUCGUGGGCAUGACCCUACCCAUCGCACGUGACCUCGCUCCCAUGGGCAUCCGGGUCCUCACCAUUGCUCCAGGUCUGUUUGCCACGCCGCUGCUGGCUGGUUUACCAGAGAAGGUGCAAAACUUCCUGGCUCGUCAAGUGCCCUUUCCCUCCCGCCUGGGAGACCCCGCAGAAUUUGCACACUUGGUGACGUCGAUCGCCGAGAACCCCAUGCUUAACGGGGAGGUCAUACGACUUGAUGGCGCCAUUCGUAUGCAGCCCUAGAACCUCAGUGGAGUGGUGGACAUGCACUCCCAUCUAACAAACCUGGACCGCGUUUCUCGAAAGCAUCGUUGCUAACCAGUUAGCUACUUAGUAAGUUGCCAAUGGGAAAUUGCACUGUCACUAAGUUGCCAACUUGGUUAGCAACGACGCUUUCGAGAAAUGCACUCAGAGGCAGCAGUUGCAGACAUGAUCACUUUUUUGGUUUGUGUUUAAUUAGGACAAUGGGCUUGUUAGAAGUGCCUGCCUGGCUGAGUAUCUUGCAUAAAGCAAUGUAUCGUGAACGCAUAUUAAGUUCAACAUCCAUGGUGGUCUUGCAGUGGUGAUGAUUUUGGACAAUAUUGCUAAUGUCACCAUGCCAUUACAGACAUUUCAAGCAAGCUCACUGUAACACUCCUACUUACUGUUAGUACUGCUACCUCUGGGUUACAAUCACCUUUGUAGUAUACACCCCAGGAUUGUGGUGUUUGGGCCUUUUUGUCUGUGUGUGUGUGUUACAUGAACACUGACACUGAUACAAUAUUGGGUGGAUUGGACCAUUGUAAAAAUCCAUCUCAAGUGGUUAAAUAUUUUUAAAUAAAAUUAAGAGCAAGAACGGACGCUGAAGCAGAAGUAAUAUUGUUUAUCUUUUAUUCCUGUUAACAAAACCACUUCUGCGCAGCAGGCACUAAUGAGUUACUGUAACCAACUCUUCAUACAUGGCAUAGAGCAUUGACUCCUGCAUUCUUUUCUGCUGCUCUUUGUUCAUGGGGAGUCUAACUUUUCAAAGUGCAUUUACUGAUGGAUGAGUUUAGUGUUUGGCAAUACCAAACUGUAUUUGUCUGUACUCUGAAUGUUGCAUUUUUUUCUUCUCAAUUUUGUAAUGCAGAUGAAGUGGAACCCCAUCGGUUAAUAAAGCUGAUGAAUCAGGGAAAUGUUUGUGUGUAAAUGUGAAAUUAAAAGAAAAACUAGGUACCAUCAA